AAAACUUUACAUAAUAAGACUCUAGGUCUUCCUCCUACUCUAACGUCAAUCUCAUUAUUGGUUCCAUCAUCAAGAGAGCAUUAAGGAAGCUAGUGGGAGAAACCUAGAAGAUCCAUUGUGUUCGUGAUUGGGAUUGCAAGAAUAAAGAUACAGGAAUAAUAUAAUGGCAGUAAAUUCUUCACAGUCGAUGGUGAACGCAUUCAAGAUCCACUACAAUAAAAAUAAAGAUAAGUGGACUCUGAAUGAACUUCAGAGUAUGUGCGUCCAAGAGGAAAGGAGAUUGAAUGACGAGGGAGGUCAGAAGGUCAAUUUUGUAUCCAACCAAAAUAAAAGGAAGAGAGGAAAUUUUAAAAAGAACAAUGCAUCAAAGAAAGCCUCCAAUCCAAAGUCUGAUGACAAGGAAAAAAAAACUGACAAGUUGAAAUGUUUCUUCUGUAAGAAACGCAAGAGUUGGUUCGAAAAGAAAGGGCUUUCUUACAACCUGGAAACCAAAUCAAAGUGAGAGCAUCGUCUACAUGGGAAACCAGCAAGAGUCUGAAGUUUGAUCCAUCGGCACUUAUAAACUCAUUUUAGAUACCGGAUUCCAGUUGGACCUUAUGGAUACUCUUUGUUCCUUCUAUUUCUAGAAAUUUAGUUUCAUUAUCGAGACUUGAUUGUGAAGGUUUUAAAUUUAAUUUUGGUGAUAAGGUUGUAAACGUUUUUAAAGACACCAAUUUAGUU